AAUAUAUUAUUAUGAUGACGCUUGUUAAAUAAUAUGUUACGUUAUUACACCAAGAAAAGUGCAUAGGUGGUCAUCACUCAUCAGCGUAGAAAAAAAAUCAUAACCCGUUCGUAACCUGCGGCCUCGUCGUGAUAAGAUUUUUAUUAUUGUCUUGUAAUUUCUAUAAAAAUCUAUAACAUACUAAUAGUUAUAUUAAACUGUUUUUCUUACAGCUAUCAUCGUUGUAGUUAAUAUGAUAUAAUCAUUUAUCAGUUAAACAACAAAAACUGUUGAACGUAAGACUUUCGUCAUUCUUCAACGUUAUCAGCUAAUUAAAAUUUUAGAUAAGAUGUUUUAUUUAUUCUAUUAUUGUGUGUGACGGCGCAGUUACUGGCUACGUACGGUCGUGAAGUAGCAUCAUGGCUACGCUCAUAAAGAAAAAAGUAAUAUUCUCGCAUAUUGUAAAAUAUGUAAACAGAAGUACAAAACGUUUGUCAUCCCAUUUCACAUAUUUUCCAGACAAUGAGGCGCCGGUACAAGGGGAAACCACCCAGAUGAACAUGAUGCAGGCCAUCAACAAUGCCAUGGACAUCACCCUGAGGGAAGACCCCAGUGCAGUGCUGUUCGGGGAGGAUGUUGGCUUCGGCGGAGUCUUUAGAUGUGCUCUGGGACUACAGGAGAAAUAUGGGAAGGAUCGAGUAUUCAACACACCACUGUGCGAGCAGGGCAUUGCUGGGUUUGGCAUCGGCAUGGCAACAACUGGGGCCAAUGUCAUUGCUGAAAUACAGUUUGCUGAUUACAUAUUCCCUGCAUUUGAUCAGCUGGUAAACGAGGCAGCUAAAGCCCGGUACCGGUCUGGCGGUCAGUGGGGCUGCGGGCUGACGGUCCGCGCGCCCGCAGCUGCGGUCGGCCACGGGGGGCUAUACCACUCGCAGAGCCCAGAGGCGUUCUUCGCUCAUGCUCCCGGGUUAAAAGUGGUGAUCCCCCGCGGCCCCAUAACAGCCAAGGGUCUGCUGCUGGCCUGCACUCAGUCCCCAGACCCGUGCGUGUUCCUCGAGCCCAAGGUGCUGUACCGCGCCGCCGCCGAGCCCGUACCCACCGAGACGUACACCCUGCCCCUGGGUAAAGCCCAGGUGCUAAGGGAAGGAUCCUCAGCUACUCUGAUCGGCUGGGGCACACAAGUCCACGUCCUGCUAGAGGUCGCGCAAACCGCCGAGCAGCAGCUUGGGGUUAAAUGUGAGGUUAUCGACCUCAUGUCCAUCCUGCCAUGGGAUCAGGAGACUGUGUUUAAUUCGGUGCGCAAGACGGGUCGCUGCCUGGUGUCCCACGAGGCGCCGCUAACGUCUGGAUUCGGUGCAGAAAUUGCCGCCAGCGUACAGGAGGAGUGUUUUUUGCACCUGGAGGCGCCGGUGUCGCGCGUGUGCGGGUGGGACGCGCCCUUCCCGCAUGUCUUCGAGCCGCUCUACCUCCCCACUAAACACCGAGUGUACCACGAACUCACCAAGCUGCUGGAGUAUUGAUGAUGAUGAGCCGAUAAAAUACAACCAAAACACUCCCUACACGGUAAUUCAGAAUUACAUGCAUUUAAGUGACAGUAUUAAUUGUUGCAUGGCAUUGCCGAUCGCGAAACGAUCAUGCGUGCAUGUUCACAUAUUGCAGGACGAUAAAUUAAACAACUUUUGGAUGUCAUUCGCAUCAUUCACUACAAUAAACGAUCUGCCUGCAUUACAGCACGUAACGCAUGUAAUGCUGAAUUACCGUCUAAGGAGUGCUUUAGGUCAGCCAUCGCCGCAAUGGCGAUUUGCAGUUUUCAUACUAAAUUCAGAUCUUGAGCGGUCGGUACCAAUGCAGUUCUGCUCUAGAGCAGUCGGUCCCGACUGUAACUUGCGGUCCUUCUAUUGCCAGUCUAGAGUCAGUUCACAUUGCAACGUGACGCGACGAUAAGGGUCCAUCCACAUAAUAUUGCGUAAAAGCUUUAGGGGGAGGGUCAUACCAAAUGUGACAAGUUAAUGGUAUUCAAAAUAGCGUGACAUGGGGGUAAGGUUCGAAAACUCUGAAUUUUAUGUAACGUUAUAUUUGGAUGGCCCUUAAGAUGCAAUGAAUUUUUAAAUGAGCAUACACUAGAAGAAACUUUUUGAAAAAAUUAUAUAUCAGUCAUGUAAAAGUUGCAACAUAAAGAACUUACGCUAAGAUAAAACAUUAUUUUUAUGUAAGUAUAUUUUAUAAAGUAUGGUUCUAUGUCCAGGAAAAAAUAAUUAUAUCCCUUACGUUGGGCAGGCAACCAAUGUUUAACUCAUAAAAUAUACUGUCAUGUUAACAAUCUCUACGGCAUGCUCUACGGUAAAAUUCUGAAAAAUACACUGAUGCACUUGUUUCGCAAAAAGUUGUAAUUGUUAUAUUUCCUAAUUAUUAUAAGAAAGUAAGUUAAUACAAUUAUUAUUGUACACUU